AUGCUGGUGCCCUGGCUAACUUUCGCCUUCCUCUGGGGGACUUUCUGUGCUCGGCCAGGCCACGGUGAGGCAGAGACGAGGGAAUGCAUCUACUACAACGCCAACUGGGAGCUGGAGAAGACGAACCAGAGCGGCGUGGAGCGCUGCGAAGGGGAGAAGGACAAGCGCCUCCAUUGCUACGCCUCCUGGAGGAACAACUCGGGCUCUAUCGAGCUGGUGAAGAAAGGAUGCUGGCUGGAUGAUUUCAACUGCUACGACAGGCAGGAGUGUGUGGCCACCGAAGAGAGUCCACAAGUGUUUUUCUGCUGCUGCGAAGGGAACUACUGCAACGAAAAGUUCACUCACUUACCUGAAGUUUCAGGACCGGAAGUGGUGUAUGAACCACCGCCCCCAACCCCAUCGCUGCUCAACAUUAUGGUUUACUCUCUGCUUCCGAUCAUCGCCCUCUCCAUCGCCAUUCUGCUGGCCUUCUGGAUGUAUCGUCACCGCAAGCCCCCGUACGGUCACGUCGACAUCAGCGAGGAUCCGGGACCACCGCCCCCUUCCCCGCUGGUUGGACUGAAGCCUCUGCAGUUGUUGGAGAUCAAAGCUAGGGGGCGCUUCGGCUGUGUCUGGAAGGCUCAGCUGAUGAAUGAUUAUGUAGCAGUGAAAAUAUUCCCCAUACAGGAUAAGCAAUCCUGGCAGAGCGAGAGGGAGAUUUUCAACACCCCGGGCAUGAAGCAUGAAAAUCUGUUACAGUUCAUUGCAGCGGAGAAGCGAGGAACGAACCUGGAGGCAGAACUGUGGCUGAUCACAGCUUUCCACGACAAGGGCUCCCUGACCGACUAUCUUAAAGGGAAUAUCAUCAGUUGGAAUGAACUCUGUCAUGUUGCUGAAACAAUGGCGCGUGGACUCUCUUAUCUGCAUGAAGACGUCCCCUGGUGCAAGGGAGAAGGACACAAGCCUGCUAUAGCACACAGGGACUUCAAGAGUAAAAACGUAUUGCUGAAGAAUGACUUGACAGCCGUGCUAGCUGACUUUGGGCUGGCUGUGCGGUUUGAGCCUGGAAAACCCCCAGGAGAUACCCACGGACAGGUGGGAACGAGAAGAUACAUGGCUCCUGAGGUAUUAGAGGGGGCGAUAAACUUCCAGAGAGACGCCUUCCUAAGAAUAGACAUGUAUGCCAUGGGGCUGGUUUUGUGGGAACUGGUCUCCAGGUGCCGAGCAGCUGAUGGUCCAGUGGAUGAAUACAUGCUGCCAUUUGAGGAAGAGAUCGGGCAGCAUCCAUCCCUCGAGGACCUCCAGGAGGUGGUGGUUCACAAGAAGAUCCGUCCUGCAUUCAAAGAACACUGGCUUAAACAUCCUGGUCUGGCGCAACUUUGCAUCACCGUAGAAGAGUGCUGGGACCACGACGCCGAGGCACGCCUCUCCGCAGGUUGUGUGGAGGAACGGAUUUCUCAGAUACGCAAACUGGUAAACGGCCCUACCUCGGACUGCCUCGUUUCCAUCGUGACCUCCGUCACCAACAUGGACCUGCUGCCCAAAGAGUCAAGUAUCUAGAUCCUGGUUCCCUUAUUUUUUUGGGGGGUGUCUUUCCAGACUCAGUGGAUUUUUUUUUAAA